AUGUGGUUACUUUUGGUGAUUUUCUUCGGUUUUGCCUCAGCUCAAUCACCACUCAACAAAGCUUGGAACGAAGCAUUGCCUGGUGUGAAGCCAUUUUGGGAGAAAUAUCAAACGGGACCACACGGAGUUGUGAUUAGAGGAUGGCAAUUCAGUAGAUGUGCAUCAGAACAGUGGACGGACUUUGUCGUGAAUGUGUCGAAUAUUGUGAUCUGGCCUGAUUACCCCCGUUUCCCCGGUCCAAUCUUCUUCAAUGUGACAAUGGAUGUGGCUGAGGAUUUGCCGAGAGAUCAUAUUGAAAUGGAUUUAGAGGUUCGACACGCGGUCACAUCUCGAUCUGGCUCAAAAGGAUGGCAAGUGAUUCCAUGUCAAGGAUGGAAUAUUGUUGAUGGAUGUGAUGGAGUUGGAUCUUGCCGCUACUGUGACAUGCUCGAUAAAUGCAAUGAGGCAAUGAAAGGAGCAAAUAAAUAUAUCGGUGAUAGAAAGGCUCGUGACUUCUUGCGACAAAAUAAACUCUGCCCACCACCAAAAGGACACUGGACGAUGACGUUUUCGAAAGUUUUCUCUUCUGAAGAUCUCCCAAAAUCUUUCUUCGGACCACUGCAAUCGAAUGAAUACUGGUUGACUUUUUCGUUCACUGAUGGGAAAGAUCGAAAAUUGGGUUGUGCUCGUUUAUGGAUUGACGUGUGCAAAUAUCAUUUACAGGAUCGACACCAAAAAUGUCUCCGAGAUCCGAAUGCUUUCAAGAAUUUCAUCAACGAGAUCAGUCAACAAGCCGAACAAAUUCGCAAUCGGGGA